AGCCAAGCAAAAUGUUAGUUACAAAAAGAAUGAAACAGAGACCAUUGUUUUCGCCUUUUGGCAAAGGUAUUUUUCUACUGGACUAAAUUCUCAUAAGCCUUUCCCUGUUGCUGUUUUUGGAAAUUUUUUUUGCAACUAUAUGUUUUGUUUGGCAGAAUGAACACACCACAGGGACCCUGCCUCGAGCUCCACGCCUGUGAAUCUCCAGAACCUCCCUGGACCGGUACAGGAAGCCCUGAACAGAGAAUCAUGGUGUCUGAAUGGUCAAACAUCACCCUCCAGCUGGAGGACACUCUGACCCGUGCCCUUGGCCGUUACCUCGACAACUGGAGACAGAACGCCACAAAGGCAGAGCAGGCACUGGACAACACCCUGGCAGAAGAGAACUUCAGGAAUGUCAUCUGGUACCUGAUAGUAAUGAUUGGAAUGUUUGCCUUCAUUGUUGUGGCCAUCCUGGUGAGCACAGUGAAGUCGAAGCGUCGCGAGCACUCUGAUGACCCCUACCACAAGUACAUUGAGGGGGACUGGACUACCAAACUCCAACAGCAGAGCUUUGUCAUCAACAACCCCACAGCCAACUAAUACAUACACACACAAUAGUUCUAAAAUAAAAGUGUCUUAUUGUUCCCAUUCCAUUAGUAACAUAAAUGUCGUAGUAAAGUUAUAGCUGAUAUGUUAAAUGUUGUAGUAACGGUAUAACUAAGAUUUUAAAUGUUGUAGUAAUGGUAUAACUAAUGUGAAAUGUUGUAGUAACGGUAUAACUAAUAUCUCAAAUGUUGUACUAAAGAUAUAACUAAUAUGUUAAAUGUCAUAGUAAAGUUAUAACUCACAUGUUAAAUGUUGUAAUGAAGGUAUAAAUAUUAUGUUACAUUUUGUAAGUAAAGGUAUAACUAAUAUGUUAAAUGUAGUAGUAGAGGAAUAACUAAUAUGUUAAUCAUGGAUUGUAAUAAAAAUAAAUAGUUUUUUGGUGACUGAC